AAAAAGUUAAUAGAAAAUUUUAUUCUUUAUGAAAUUGUUCAACAUGACAUAUCACGUGAGUUGUUUGUAAAUCUAUAUUCGAAUCAGAAUUCUGUUGAUCACUUGCGUUAACUAUGCAUCAUAGACUUGUACCGUACUACCAAGUAAUGCACAAAGAGACUUAUCUAAUCCACCAGCAAAUCUAAACCAGAAAAACCAGAAAAUGGCGCCAUACUAUUUCUGCUCAUUAAACCCACCCUCAUCUUCAAAUUCCAUAUCCAAAUUCAUAUCAAACCAACCUUAUCUUUCAAUCCUAGAAACCAAAUGCACCACCAUCAAACACCUUCAAAUCAUACACUCUCAAAUCAUCAAAACCGGCUUAAUCAACGACUCAAUCGCAGCCUCUCGGUUACUCUCAUUUGCAGCCACUUCCCCUGAACCCGACAUCACUUAUGCAUACAAUAUAUUCAAUCAAAUCCAAAACCCGACUAGAUUUUCUUGGAAUACUAUCAUUAGAGCCUUCUCCAAAAGCCAAAACCCGAUAUUUGCAUUACAUUUGUUUCUUGAUAUGUUGGUUUGUUCAAAUGUGGACACGGAUAGAUUAACUUAUCCGUCGGUUUUUAAGGCGUAUGGGGAAUGUGGGUUGGCUAAAAAUGGUGCUCAACUUCAUGGUAGGAUAGUGAAACUUGGGUUACAGUUUGAUGGGUAUGUAAGGAAUGGGAUUCUUUAUAUGUAUGCUAAUUGUGGAAUGUUUGGUGAAGCGUUUAAAUUGUUUGGAGACGGUGAAGAUUUUGAUGUUGUUGGUUGGAAUUUGAUGAUUAUGUGUCUUUGUAAGUAUGGAAAUGUCGAUGAAGCGCGGUUUUUGUUUGAUGAGAUGAGUGUUAGGAGUUGUGUUUCUUGGAAUAAUAUGAUAAGUGGAUAUGUAAAGAAUGGGAAGUGGGUCGAGGCGUUAAGCCUUUUUGGGAUUAUGCAAAAUGAGAAGGUGAAACCGAGUGAGUUUACAUUAGUUAGUUUGUUAAAUGCUGCAGCGCAGUUGGGAGCUUUGAAGCAAGGAGAGUGGAUUCAUGAUUAUGUUAUAAGAAAUAAUGUGGAAAUAAAUGAGAUUGUGGCUACCGCGAUUGUUAAUAUGUAUUGCAAGUGUGGGAGCGUUGAGAAAGCAUGGGACGUGUUUAGAUCAGCUCCUGUUAAGGGAUUGUCUUGUUGGAACACGAUGAUUAUGGGUCUUGCAAUACAUGGGCUCGAGAAUGAGGCGUUUGAGCUAUUUUCUGAAUUGAAGCCGUCUGGUUUUAAGCCAGAUGAUGUAAGUUUUGUUGGUGUUUUGAUGGCCUGUAGUCACUCUAGAUUGGUAGACAAAGCCAAAUAUUAUUUUUAUUUGAUGACAAAAAAGUAUAAAAUUGAACCAUCUAUUAAGCACUAUGGUUGUAUGAUAGAUGUGUUAGGCAGAGCAGGGCUACUAAAAGAAGCAGAAACACUUGUUAAAAAUAUGCCUAUGAAACCAGAUGCUGUUAUUUGGGGGUCUCUUUUAUCAUCUUGCAGGAGUUAUGGAGACGUUGAAAUGGGACAAUGGGCUUCGAGUAAUCUGGUUGAUUUGGGCGUAGACGAGAGUUCUGCUCAUGUGCUAUUGUCAAAUGUGUAUGCGGCUAAUGGUCACUUUGAGUUGGCGGUACAAGAAAGGUUAUUAAUGAAGGAGAAAAAGAUAGAAAAGAACCCUGGAUGCAGCCUAAUUGAAGUGAAUGGUGAAGUUCAUGAAUUCAUUGCUGGUGGAAGGUUGCAUCCUCAAGUCAAAGAGAUACACUUUUUGUUAGAAAAUUUGACUUUGAUGCUGCAAGACAUCAGUUUCCACUUUCCACAAUUCCUGCUCAAUUCUUCAUCAUGCGCACCAUAGUUUUUUCACAGAAUUCGUAUAGGUAGCAUAAGUUUUUCACGAUAUUGGAUAAAAAUAAAGUUCAGAAGUUCCGACUGCUAAACAGUUUUGUGGAAGUACUAUUUACAUUCUUUUUGGGAUCGUUUUAAGGAUACCCAGUACAAACUAAAGAAAAAUGAGUCUUCUUUCUAAGAGUAGGUGCGGGAUAGGAUGGGUAGCACCAGCUGCCCCACAUACCUGAAAAGAACAGAGACGGGUCUUGCAGGGUCUGAAAGGCACUAUUCACAGUUAUCCCAAUGGAGUCCAUGCAUACAAAAGAUGUCUAUUAAUUUGGCUUGUCCUUGAAUGUGUGACGUGUUAAUCGUAAACUGUGUGCCCGAAAAUAAGGUCACCUUGGAGUCCUUUCCUGACAAAAAUGGCAGAACUCACAGAUUUCUCUAGGUUACUGUGUCAUGUCCUGCGUCAAAGGUUAGAGUUGCACCAGUUCUUUGUUAAGGUUCAUGUUUUUAUAUAUAGUUCAGUUUAAAUAUGGUUUUAAGUGUUCUUCUUCUCGGAUGUAUAUAUAUGCUAAGCACAGUUAAAGUUCAUGUUUAUAUGUAUAGUUCAGUUUGUAUAUGGUUGAGUUUAUAUAUGGUUUUAAGGUUACUGCACCUUAGAGUA